AUGAAGGGGGUCCCCUGGUCGGUCAGUAUCUCCGCAGGGAUAAGAAUUGUUCUUCUGGGUCAAACUGGUGUUGGGAAAAGUGCAUGUGGAAACACAAUACUGGGACAGAAAGUGUUCAGGUCUGCAUCGAGAAUGAAUGCAGUAACAACUGAAUACUCAGAGAAACAUGCCACUAUUUCAGGCAGAUCUGUGUCUGUAGUUGAUACUCCUGGAUUCUUUGACACAGAGAUGAGGCCUGGAAAGUUAAUGACAGAAAUAGGGAAAAGUGUUUAUUUAUCCAGUCCUGGACCUCAUGCUUUUAUCAUUGUGUUUCCUGUGAAUAUGAGGAUCACUGAGCAGGAGCAGCAGAUUCCUCAGCAGAUUGAGAUGAUGUUUGGUGAAGAAGUGUUAAAAUACUCCAUCAUUGUCUUCACUCGUGGAGAUCUGCUGGAAGAAGAGCCUAUAGAGACACUCAUUGAGAAGAACUGUACAUUAAGACAUCUAGUUCAGCAGUGUGGAGGCAGAUUUCACAUCUUCUACAACAAAGACGAGAAUAACAGAGAGCAGGUGAAUGAUCUUCUGCAGAAGAUUGACUCAAUGAUAGAGCAGAACGGAGGAGAACACUACAGUAAUCAGAUGUUUGAAGACGCUCAGAGAUAUAGAAGAGAAGAAGAAGAGAGGAAGCUGAGAGAAGAAGAGGAACACAGUGAAAACACUGAAUUUACAAAAUUUUUUACCAAGUAUGGACAUCAUUUGCGUAUGUCAGCUUUUGCAGUGGGUAGAUAUGAGCUUCUUGGAGAUGUUAUUUCAGCAUGUGUUGUGGGAGUUUGUCAUGGCCAUGUUACACAGCAUGCCCAGACCAGCCUGUGUGUGAUGCUUUAA